AUGCACGUGUGUGGAAUACGUUUGUUAUGCCACGGAAAUGAAGUGUCUGGGAGGGAAGAAAGGCGUCCAGGAAGAGUCCUUAUUGACACGGGGGAGCCAUCUAUUCCUGAAUACAUUGGCUGUUUGAAGCAGGCACUGUCAGAGUUCAACAUCGCAAUUCAAGAAAUUGUAGUGACCCACUGGCAUCAUGAUCACACUGGCGGGAUACCUGAUAUCUGCAAGAACAUCCCUAAUGACUCUGAAUAUCGCAUCUCUAAGCUGCCUCGUGUCCCUCUCCGUGAGGAAACAAUAGAAGGAGGACAUAAAUAUUUUUAUCUUAACGAUGGAGAUGUGAUACAGACAGAGGGAGCCACACUCAGAGUUUUACAUACUCCUGGACACACCGAUGAUCAUAUGGUUUUACAUCUAGAAGAAGAAAAUGCUAUAUUUUCUGGUGACUGUAUUUUAGGGGAGGGAACAACAGUCAUUGAAGACCUAUAUGAUUAUCUGAAAACUUUGAAGAGGUUGCUAAAAAUGAAACCAGAUUUAAUAUAUCCUGGUCAUGGACCAGUAGUACGUGAUGCAAAUACUAGAAUCCAAAACUACAUUUCUCACCGAGUUGCACGUGAAAAGCAAAUUCUAAAUGUUUUCCAGAAGAAUCCUGGAAAAUCAUAUACAUCCUCAGAGCUUGUGAAGAUAGUAUACCAGGAGAUCCCUGAAAAUUUACUUCCAGCAGCAGAAAGUAACCUCUUAGUCCACUUGAAGAAGUUGGAAAAAGAAGGAAAAGUGUUACGUGAUGCAACACCGAACUUCACAUGGCGAAACAAUUUAUAA